AUGAAGGCCGUUAUCUUUACUAUUGUUCAACUAUGGAUAGUUCUCUUGAUUGAUGCAAAACCUCUUAAUAUUUUGGUUUCUCGUCCUUUGCGAUAUGUAGUGAAACCCAUCGAUCGAAACGGAAUCAGUCCUGAAAAUCUAGGUAGAGCACUCAGAGAUGACAUACUUGUGCCUGGACCAAAAUCGAAUGUGAUGAAUCGUGGAGUUGCUUAUAACUUCGCAAAUAAAUGGCCCUAUGGAAUUGUGCCUUAUGACAUGUCGCCAAUUACAAAUUCAGGUGAUCGUGACAUGAUAAGAAACGCUAUGGACUGGGUAGUGUACGAUACGGGCUCGCCGAUUGCUGGCUCGGACUCACGUGCACCUUGUGUCUAUUUUCGACCACGUGAAGCUGGAGACGAGACGUUUCUUACAAUUCGAUAUGGACAAGGAUGUAAUGCACACAUGGGUUAUUGGCAAAAUUUUGGGUUAACAAUGACUUUGCAAAAGGAUAAUGAAGCGAACUGUUUCCAUAGUGGAACUAUUAAACAUGAAUUAAUACAUGUACUCGGUUUCGACCAUGAACAAAAUAGACCAGAUCGUGAUAACUAUGUUACAAUCAAUUAUGGAAAUAUAGAUUCUGAGUGGCACUAUGCUUUCGAAAAGAGUACAUGGGGAAAGACGGCAGUCGAUCUAGGAACCAGUUAUGAUUACAGCUCGAUUAUGCAUUAUGGUAGAGAUUAUUUUUCAAACAACGGUCAACCAACAAUAGUACCUAAACAAGCCAAUGCUCCGAUCGGUAGUUCUGAUGACCUUAGUCCGACAGAUAUCGUUGAAGUUCGCAGAUUCUACGGUUGUCCUGCUUAG